GACUGGAACCCGGAAGUGCUUAUGUGUACACAGGUUACGGGACAUAUCUAACGGGUUUAGGUAUUUUUUUAAAAACGCCAAAUAACAUCUGUUAUCGAUGUCCUGUUUUUGGUUCAUAUUUGUGGUUUAUUAAAAGUGCCAGAUGUUAGCGUAGUGAUUUAGACAGAUUUUACUGGUCAGAUUCUCACAAUGGCAGAGCGUUUUAACAUCCAUCUGCAAAAAUCCACCAAGGACAAACUUGAAAAAUUCAAACAAAUAAGAGGUAAAAAAGUUCAGUCUGAUGUAUUCUGGGAUCUUGUGGUCAUCACUUCAGUGGAUGAGGACCAGAGGUCUGCUUAUCAAAUUCAGAUAAAUGAGAAACUGGAGAGGAAAGAACUGCCUCUUGGCAUUAACUAUCAUGUGUUUGCAGAUCCUCCAGGAUGCAAGAUUGGUAAUGGUGGAUCAACUUUACAUUCGCUGCAGUGUCUACAUGAUAAAUAUGGCAAGUCACUGUCAGGAUUUAAAGUCAUCCUUAUUCAUGCAGGAGGAUUCAGUCAACGUUUGCCCAGUGCCAGUGCCCUUGGUAAAAUACUCACAGCUGUGCCCCUGGGAAACCCUUUAUAUCAAAUGCUGGAGCUCAAACUUGCAAUUUAUGUGGAUUUCCCCUCAAACAUGAAGCCGGGGAUGCUGGUUACCUGUGCUGAUGAUAUAGAGCUCUACAGUGUUUCUGACCAAGAGAGUGUGGUGUUUGAUAAGUCAGGUUUUACUGCCUUAGCACAUCCCUCCCCUCUCUCUGUUGGUACCACUCAUGGAGUUUUUGUUCUCGAACCAGCACAUAUGCCCAGAAUUUGUGAUAUGGAAUACAGAACUUGCUCUCAGUUUCUGCACAAACCAAGCAUUGAAAAGAUGUUCAAAUGCAACGCCGUAUGCGAGAGGGAAGGAGAGGAGUUUGUUUACACUGACAGCACUUACUAUUUUGAUUACGGGACUGCCAUGACCCUGCUGACCCUGUUCCGUGAAAUCAGCCCUCUGACAUGUGAAAUCGAUGCCUAUGGAGACUUUCUUCAAGCCCUGGGGCGAAGAGCUACUGUGGAUUACACAGAAAACACUGCCAACGUCACGACGAAGGAAAUCGGUCUCGUUGAGAUUCGCAGAAAGAUUUUCCACCGUCUCAAAGGCACGCCACUCAACGUCAUCCUGUUGAACAACUCCAAGUUUUAUCAUGUCGGCACCACAGAGGAAUACUUGUUCCACUUCAGCACGGACCCCUGUCUCAGAGCAGAACUCGGCCUGCUCUCUGCUGCCUUCAGUGUGUGCGACUUGGAGCCAUCGGAGAGAACUAGAGUUUGCGUGUCGCACAGCAUCCUGGAUCCCAGUGUGAGCAUGUCCCAGGGCAGUGUUGUGGAAUACUCCAGACUGGAUGCUAGAGUUAAAGUCGGAAGUAGAUCUAUCAUCAGUGGCUGCUGGAUAGACACGGAUCUUACCGUGCCAAGUGACACCUUCAUCCACUCUUUAUCUGUAAACCUGGAUGGAAAAACGGGUUUUGUGACUGUGGUUUUUGGUGUUAAAGAUGAUUUGAAGAAAAGUGUAUCCAGUCCUGCUCAUAUGAAAGCAUUGAGUUUGUUUAAGGUUAAUCUGGAGGACUGUGUUGGACUCUGGGGUUUGUUUCCUGAGAAGGUCAGGUUCUCGGGAGACACAUCUAUGUGUAGUUUGUGGAACGCCUGCAUUUUCCCAGUGUGCUCCAAUCUAAAGGAUUCAUUUGUGAUGUCACUGGGGAUGCUGAAGGCACUGGAUAGUGGAACUAGUUUCGCACUACCAAAAAAAGCCACACUAACCUCUUUACAAGAAACUCUGCAGAACAAGAACCUGGAGGAAAUGCUGAAAUUUAGGAAAGAACUUUAUGAAGACAUUCUUAGGGUUAAUUCAAGUCAUUCUGUCUGAGCAUAAAUGAUCAAUAAUUUAAUCGUGAAUGCUGCUCAGCAAAGGCAAAGCCUUGUAAGUACUGAGGCCAUGUCUUCAAAGUAGUUUUUACUAAAUUGAUUUGAUAGCAGUUUUCACACACAGUUUUUUUCUAAAUCUGAGCAAUCGUAUGAGAUUGGUAUGAAUUAGGAGUUCGGAAUCUUACAAAAUUACUAUGAAUUUGCCACCACAUUUUUCACAAAUUCGUAUGAGUGAGUUCGUACAGAUUAUCCACCUUGUCAAAAAUGUACGCAUGUUGAGCCAUGUGAUGAAACUCUUAAAUUGCCCAUAACAAACACUAUAGAAAUACCAAGACAAUGCACUCACACUGCUGCGAAUGGGAGAAAGUGCAACAUGCAAUAUGGUGGAAUAAGUCCCUCCUUCUGAAUAAAAGAGCCAAUUGGCAGAUAGUAAAGUCAUGCAUCACUAAAGCUGCCAUUAAGAUCUUUGUUUGCAAUAGAAACUGUUUUAGCAAGUAUUCACUAACUGGUUGUACCAAAUAAUUUUUAUUUUUUUUUUGCCAUUUUUGCUUUUAUUAGAUAAGACAAGAAUUGAGGUGGGACAGGAUUAGGAAAAUCCUGCUGCCCACAAGGCUAUUUGCGCCAAUGUCAGUGUUUCUCAAUUCAGUGUUUAUUUUAUUUUUUUAUUUUUUUCAGACAUGUUUAUUUAUUAAAUUUGUGUUGGAACAAUUUAAA